GGUAUUGCGGUACCUCGGCUCGGCGGCAGCUGUUCGUCACCGUUUCGGCAGUGAUUUGGAUCGAUGUUGCUUUUUCAGGAAAUUGCAUCAUAUUUCCCGCAGUGCACAAUCACAGUAUUCAAAAUAUCGAACCUUAUCAGUAUCACCCCAAGUAUCGAGUUAUUAAGAUAGUGUGUAGCUAGCUGAAUCAUGGCAGAAGACAAAGCACCCGAAGAACAGAUGAACAACCUGGCGGUGAAUGAUGAUGAUGAUGUGGUGGAUCCAUGGAAUGUCUCUGGCAAGUCAGAGACAGGCAUAGACUAUGACAAAUUGAUAAAAAGAUUUGGCAGUUCCAAGAUUGAUGAUGAAGUUAUACAAAGAUUUGAAAAGGUUACUGGAAAAAAAGCUCACCACUUACUGCGGCGUGGCAUAUUCUUCUCCCACCGUGACAUCCACAGCAUCCUCAACCUUGUAGAAGCUGGCAAGAAGUUCUAUCUCUACACUGGCAGAGGGCCAUCGUCGGACAGCAUGCAUCUCGGGCAUAUGAUUCCCUUCAUGUUCACUAAGUGGCUUCAAGACGUAUUCGACGUGCCCCUGAUCAUCCAGCUCACCGACGACGAGAAAGUGCUGUGGAGAGACAUUAAAGUGGAGCAGGCGCGGCAAAUGGCGUACAGCAACGCGAAAGACAUCAUUGCUGUCGGUUUCAGUCCGGAGAACACGUUUAUAUUCAAUGAUCUGGACUUUAUUGGACAGUGCCCAGCAUUCUACCAAAACAUGCUCCGUAUCCAAAAGUGCGUGACGUUCAACCAGGUGAAGGGCAUAUUCGGAUUCGGCGACUCGGACGUCAUCGGCAAGAUCACGUUCCCGUCCAUCGAGGCUGCGCCCGCGUUCUCCACCAGUUUUCCCUUUAUAUUCGACAAUAAAGUGGUCCCUUGCCUAGUCCCCUGCGCGAUCGACCAGGACCCCUACUUCCGCCUGACCCGCGACGUGGCCGCGCGCCUCAAGCUGCCCAAGCCCGCGCUGCUGCACUCCUCCUUCCUGCCCGCGCUGCAGGGCGCUCAGCACAAGAUGUCCGCCAGCGACCCCAACGCCUCCAUCUUCCUUAAUGACACUCCUAAGCAGAUUAAAAACAAGAUCAACAAGUACGCGUUUUCGGGCGGCCAGGCGACGGUAGAAGAGCACCGGGAGAAGGGCGGGAACACGGAAGUGGACAUCUCCUACAAGUACCUCACGUUCUUCCUGGAGGACGACGAACGGCUGGCGGAGAUAAAAAAAUCGUACGAAUCCGGGGAAAUGCUAACAGGCGAGCUGAAGAAAAUCGCCAUCGAUACCGUCACGCCCGUCAUCAGCGCCUACCAGGCGCGCCGCGCGCUCGUCACCGACCAGCUCAUGCAGGACUUCUUCCGGCUCAGGAAGAUCGGCUUCUGAACGGUUGUGGGGACGAGAUGUGGACUAAACAUUUUUGGGCUUUAUUGGACGGUUCACGUUAAAUGGUUUGAGUUUGGCCGCGUUAUGUUAUGACAAAUUGUUUAAGAUGUGAAGUCUAAGGAAAUUGUACCCCCGAAUUUAACAGCUGAAGCUGCUUUUGACAGAGCGACCGCAUAAUGUACAAGGCAGUGCAGCGCCAUCAACUUCACUUUAUCUCACACUUUACACAUCUAAACCUAUAUGUGACAUUAUCUAUGAAAAGGGACCUUAUUGUCGAUGGCGCUUCCGCCGUUAUAAAAGAUGCUCCGAUACAAAUACAACGCUGCGCGACGCAGUGCGACGUAAGCGCCAUCGACAAUAAGGUCCCUUUUCAUAGAUAAUGCCACAUAUAAUCUUUAGUUUAAGGAAUCUGAAUCUUCUAUACAGUAGCACAGUGAAUUUGAAAUAGAGGUGGAUUGUCCAAGAAAACUUUGUAGCCACAGUAAUAUACCUACUGCCAUCUUUCGACACAUGAUUAAAACUUUUAGAACGCCAUUUGACUUCGAUCCUUAUUAUUUCACUGAUAUGUGUUAAAUUUAUUAAAUACCAAAAAGUGGCGCCAUCUAAUAGAUCAAAGGCCAAAGGUAUGGCGGCAUGUUUCGAGCGAUGGCGCCACAACCCUUAGUCGAUGCCCGGUGAGAUGGCGCCAAUUUUUAUAAUGAACUAAUUUAACACAUAUCAGUGAAAGAAUAAGGAUCAAAGUCAAUUAAGGCGUUCUUAAAGUUUUAAUCAUGUGACGAAAGAUGGUAGUAAAUUUACUUUGGCUACAAAAUUUUCUUUGACAAUCCACCUCUAUUUCAAAUUCUCUUUCAGAGUAGUUACAAUAUACCAUUUGAUGUGAAUGUAAUACGAUCUGGAAAUGGUUAAGUGUGUUUGCUGGUAAUACUUAAAAUAAAUAUUUAUUUAUUGUUC